UACAUUAUAUAUAUAUUAAGUCACAACUCUCUUCUCCAGUGUAAACGGCAAGAGAGAAGUGAGGGAAGAUCAACCAUCAAACAUCAUCAUCAAAUCAACACACCCAAUAUAUACAUCUGUAUUCUUUCUGCUACUAAUUCAUUUUCUGCUCCCAAAGUUUCACACAACAUUCCCUUUUUCUUCUCUUUUUUUCUUUUUUAGUCCCUAUAUUUUACUAAUAGUUUCAAAGAAACCCCUCAUAAUUAAUUUCUUCUUCCCAAGAUCUUUCCUUUUCCUUACUCCUUUUUUUUCCCGAUCAUAUCUGCUGAUAAAAGAUAUGAUGUAGGAUUUUUUAACAGUUGUGUUGCAGCAGCAAGCAAGCAUCAUUUGUCAGAACCAAAAAAUAAUUAAAUAAAUAAAUUAAUUAAUUAACCGAAUAUAUAUUUUUAAUUAAUUAAUUAACCGAAUAUAUAUAUAUGGCAAGCAAGAAUUGCAGUGCAAUAUAUUUGACGUCAUCUUCUUCUUCGAGCUCUACCCUAGGUUCAUCAAUGGCGGACAUGAUGGUGUAUUCAGAUCAUUUGAGAAGUAGUAGUACUACAACUCGGCCCGUAAUAAACAGCCCGGCCCGUUUCGGGUCUUCUUCUUCUUACAAGCCCGAAUGGGGUUUUCCUUACUCCGACGAAACGAACAACAGUGAUGGAAAAUGCUCCGAUCAUUCCAGCAGCGGCGUGUUCGGUGAAAACAACGACACCAUGUUUGAUCUCAACGCAGCCUUGAACGAGGAGGAAGAAGAUGAAGAAGAGGAGUGUGGUAUGCACGCGUUUAAGGAUGGAAGUAACGCGAGUGGGCAGUCGAAGCUCUGCGCCAGAGGCCAUUGGAGACCUGCUGAAGACUCGAAGCUGAAAGAACUCGUCGCCCAUUACGGCCCUCAGAACUGGAAUCUUAUUGCAGAAAAGCUGGAAGGAAGAUCAGGUAAGAGCUGUAGGUUGAGGUGGUUUAACCAGCUGGAUCCGAGGAUAAACAGGAGAGCGUUCAGCGAGGAAGAAGAAGAGAGGUUAAUGGCGGCGCACAGGCUGUACGGAAACAAGUGGGCGAUGAUUGCGAGGCUGUUUCCGGGGAGAACAGACAAUGCGGUGAAGAACCAUUGGCAUGUAAUAAUGGCGAGAAAGUACAGAGAGCAAUCCAGUGCUUAUAGGAGGAGGAAGAUGGGUCAGUUUGUUUUUAAGCGUAUGGAAGACGACGAUCUUCCCGUUAGUAAAACUCAUGAACCGCCACUGCAGACUUUCGGCGGCGGCGGCGGUGGCGUUUUGUGUGGGUUGAGUGGUGGUGGAGCGAGUGGUUAUAACGGUGGUAAUGGGUUUUGGGCACCGCAAACAUCUCUUGGUUUCUUUCCAGGGUUCCCAAGUAGUAGCAGUGAUAUGAUGAGUAUAUUCAACCACAGCAAGCAAUGGGAAGAACCCAAUUUUCAUAACCCCACUAAUUCUUACGACCGUCACAAUUUCCCGUCACAGCCGCCGUCACUCUAUCACUACCCAUCCUCAGCAUUCCCCUCAGCGGCGGCGGCGCAAGAAGUUCCGGCGGCCAUGGAACAACCAACAACUGCAGCAGAUCAAGAAAGAAUUUCACCGCCGCCGCCGCCGCCGUUUAUAGACUUCCUCGGUGUUGGAGCUCUGUGAAAAAGAAUAAAAUUAAAUAAUCAAUCCUUUUCUUCCUUUCGUUUAAUUUAAUUAUCAAUUAUUAAUUAAUAACAACAUAUAUAUAUAUAAUUGUUGUCACCCAUGUUUUUAAUUAACUUCGAAACUUCACUAUCCUCAGAUGCAAACUGUUCCAAAAUGUGUAACCAUUUCUCAAGUCUUGUCACUCUCUCUCUCUCUCUCUCUCUCUUCUUUCUCUCUCUAAGUGGUUAAUUUGGACCACAACUCCCUGUAAUAAUUGUUGAGUAUGUAACCAAAAAUGGAAUUUAAAAUUUAAAAAAAUAAAAACAUGAAGAAUGGAAAAGACAAAGGAAUAGUGAGUGUGGCAAAAAUGGACAUUAUUUAAAGAUUGGCACAAAUUCUGGUCCAAAAAACAAACCCCUCUCUCUCUCU